CCAGCGUCUUCGUCUACGAGCUCAGCGCGAUCCUCAUCCACCGAGGGGUCAGCGCCUACUCGGGCCAUUACAUCGCCCACGUGAAGGACCCCCAAACCGGGGAGUGGUACCGGUUUAACGACGAAGAGAUCGAGAAGAUGGAAGGCAAGAAGCUGCAGCUGGGAGCGGAAGAGGAACUGGAACCCUCUAAGUCUCAGUCUCGGAGGCCCAAGUGUGGGAAGGGGACUUACCGCUCCCGGAAUGCCUACAUGCUGGUGUAUCGGUUGCAGUCGCGGGAGAAGUCCCUGGCUGUUGAACUCCCAGCUUUCCUGCAGGAGCUGGUGGAUGAGGACAACAGCAGGUUUGAGGAGUGGUGCCACGAAAUGGCCGAGAUGCGGAAGCAGAGCGUGGCGCGGGGCAAGGUCAAGCACGAAGAGGUGAAGGAGCUCUACCAGAAGUUGCCUGCCAAAGCUGGCUGCCCCUACGACUUUGUCUCCCUGGAAUGGCUGCAGCAGUGGCUGGAUGAAUCGACGCCCCCCAAGGCCAUCGACAACACGGCCUGCCUGUGCCCGCACGGCAAGCUGCACCCGGAUAAGAUCUCCACCGUCAAGCGGGUCUCGGAGGACGUGGCCGACUACUUCUACCAGAGAUACGGGGGAGGGCCCAGGCUGACAG